AUGAAUUUUUUCAAGGUGGUCAAUAGUGUGCCAAUAGCACGUACAUGUACAUCACUCCUUAUACCUAAGAUUGCACUAAGGCCAUUCUCAUCAGCAAUACCUGCUUUGGCCACCAAAAAGAAGUAUGACAAAUUCUACAAGAUUUUAAAAUAUACCAAACCAAUUGAUGAGACGCACUACGAAAUAGGUCAAGAACACCCCAGGGGUUUGAGAAUUCCUAAGGACGUCCCCGAUUUUCCUAAAUACAAAUACGAAGCUCGAUUUUUCAAGAGACAAAACAGAGGGCUUUAUGGAGGUUUACAACGUAAGCGUUCGAAAACAUGUUCGGAAUAUUUCAACAAGAACCUUAGAGCACAUAAACCAAAUAUACGUCGAGCUAAACUAUGGUCGGAGAUUUUAAAUAAAAAGAUAAAUACCAAAGUAUCUACACGUGUGUUGCGAACAUUGACUAAAGAAGGUGGUGUUGAUCAAUAUUUACUUAAAUCUACUCCAGCAAGAAUUAAGACUAUGGGAUUAACUGGUUGGAAAUUGAGAUAUGAAUUGUUGAACGAACUAGAACAAAGAGAAAGAGGUGAAACAGAAGUAUCCAAUGGAGAAUUGAAACCAGUUACAUAUAUUCAUCCCUUGGAUGGAAGGAAAUUUAUUGCAACUAAAGAAGAAUUGUUAUCAGCAUUAUAUGAUUUGGUACAAAGAGAUAGUUAUUAUCCUAUUAAACCAGCUGAGUUUGAUAGAAAGUAUUCAUGGUUGCCAAUGGAAGAGAUUGUAAAUAGAUUAGAUGCUUAUGAGUUUGACUUUAAUGGUCAAGUUGUGUAA